GAGGUGUUGGAAGUAGUGAAUAGGUCAUCGCACGGAAGUCGGUUCGUUUCGUUCAGUCCGCAUAGGUUGUUCAUUCGUCGAGCGCUUCGUUCACUACUCACUGACCAAUUCAACAUUCCAUAGGCCGGGUCUUCUUACCGCCUCUUUGACUCUAUAUUCUGAUACUCGCUUAAGCGACUACGUAACUUCAACUGCCAUCAUGUAUGCUUGCACUAGAUUCAUCGUACCCGUCGCGAGAUCGACCUUGGUUUCUGGAACUAAGAACUUUAUCCGGCCAUUGAGUAGUGCCAUUGUUAGCCACAACCCAUCUAUACAGCAGAACCAAGUGCAAAAUCCAGUCAGUAGUUCUCCAUUGGUACAAUCUUCAAUCAUACGUAGUUUUCAAACUUCAACAAUUAGUCGUGACAUUGACACUGCUGCAAAGUUUAUCGGUGCUGGUGCUGCCACUGUUGGUGUUGCUGGAUCAGGUGCUGGAAUUGGUUCAGUGUUUGGUUCUUUAAUCAUUGGCUAUGCCAGGAAUCCUUCUCUCAAACAGCAGUUAUUUUCAUAUGCUAUCUUAGGCUUUGCUCUGUCUGAGGCCAUGGGUCUCUUUUGCCUUAUGAUGGCUUUCUUGCUCUUAUUCGCGUUUUAAAUCAUUGAAAUCACAUAAAAACACAAACCUACUAGUUUUAGUGCAUCAUUUCCAAAGCAGCCUCCUUUGAUUCCCGCGAGGGAAGCAGCGGUAGUUGUUUUUGGUGCACGGGAUGCCAUGAAAUCAUUAGGGAUGCUCGAAUAUCCGGUUCGACGGGGUAUGCGACGGUACGACAAUGAACGACAAAUGGGGGCUGUACACGUAUGUUUGGAUCAUCGAUCGAACCGUCCCUCACCCCUUCAGGGCUUUUCGAACUGAUUUGUAAUUGUUUCAUGGUUUACUGUAUAUCAUAUAGCAUAAAAACUCAUUAUUACAAUUAUGUAUUUCAGUGUAAUAAAAAAUGAAUAAGAACGUUAAUGAAAAUUUAUUAAAGGAAAAAAAAGUAAAAAGAUUUAACAGCUCUGCCUCCAAAACCCAUGCUAUACACAACCACACACACACACACACACACACAAAUAUAUAUCAUCAUCACUUUUAAUAUUAUCAAAUAGUAAGGAAUAGAAUAUAUCGAACAUUUUUGUUACCCCGCCAUGGUUCAUUAUUGUUGUGCCAUCGCGUGCGUCGUUAAUAUAACUGGACAAAGAAAGCUGUAUAGUGAUAUCGAAUAAACACUUUUGUCGUGAAA